GUUAGAUUACCUUCAUCCUCAAUCCACAGACAAUCCAAGCCCAUAUUCAUCAAUCUAAACAAUGGCCCUUCCCCUCACCGGCAGAGUCGCCAUCGUCACGGGCUCAUCCCGUGGCAUCGGCCGCGCCAUCGCCAUCCAUCUCUCCUCCCUCGGCGCCAACAUCGUCAUCAACUACAUCACCAGCUCGACCCAAGCAAAUCUCCUCGUAUCCGAACUCAAUUCAAACUCCCCCAAUCUCCGAGCCAUCGCGGUCCACGCCGACAUAUCCGAUCCCUCCGGCCCCAAAACCCUGUUCGACCGCGCAGAACAAGCGUUCAAUUCUCCAGUGCACGUCUUCGUCAACUCGGCGGGCCUUAUCAAUCCUAAACACAUGACCAUCUCUUCGACGCCUGUCGAAGAUUUUGACGCCAUGUUCGACGUCAAUGCUCGUGGCGCAUUCCUCUGCUGUCAAGAAGCUGCAAACAGAAUUGCUCGUGGCGGAGGUGGGCGCGUUGUUAUGAUAACCUCGUCACUGACAGGAGCCUUGUUGCCGAAUGUUUUUGGUGCAUAUACAGCUUCAAAGGCAGCCGUGGAGACAAUGGCGAAGAUAUUAGCCAAGGAGCUCAAGGGAACGAAAAUUACAGUUAAUUGCGUGGCGCCGGGAGCUACUGUGACCGAGAAGUUCUUUGAGGGCAAGACUGAAGAGGAUAUCAAAUGGGUGAUGGAUAAGAAUUUAAUGGGGAGGCUUGGGGGGACUAAGGAUUUGGUGCCUGUAAUUGGGUUUCUUUGUAGGGAUGAAGCAGAGUGGGUUAAUGGGCAGGUGAUCAGAGUAAAUGGUGGGGCUGUUUGAAAUGUAGCUUGUUUUGUUUUGUGUUGUUUUGGGCGAUUGUGAGCAAUAACAGUUUUUGGAAGAUAA